AUGAACGGAAACUCCGAGAAAGUGCAUCAGCUUUUGGCUGAGUCACCAUCACUAGUAAAAUCAGUGGAUGAUGACAGCAGAUACCCGCUACAUUGGGCGGUUUCGUUCCAGCAUGUAGAUAUAGUGGAUAUUUUGUUAGGCUACAUGAAGAAGGUCGAUUUGGACAGUGUGUUGGACGAAUCGGGAUGGUCACCAUUGCACAUUGCGGCAUCUGUUGGUAACGUGGAAAUUAUGGAGAAGCUUUUGGAACACAGUAUAGAGCCUAAUGUUGAUUUGCAAACCAAGAAUGGGAUUACUGCUUUGCAUCUUGCGUGCUCCAAGAAACACCAGGAUGUAGUCAAGUUAUUGCUAGAAAGAGGGGCAUCUGUGAGAGUUAAGGAUAAGAAUGGACAAUUGCCGUUGCACAGGGCUGCAGCAGUUGGGUCUAUGGGUAUUGUCUCGAUGUUGUGCGACAAGAAUUCGCCCGUGAAUACGAAGGAUAGGCUUGGUUGGUCUCCUCUAUUCCAUGCGUUGGCAGAGGGACAUGGCGAUGUUGCCGUCGAGUUGGUUAACAAGUACCAUGCGGUCUGGGAAGGAGAAACGGAUAACCAGGAGCAAACUGCGGAGAAGGUUUGUGUCGAUGACAAGGUUAGGAAAUUCUUCUUGGCAAACGUAUCUUCUUAG